AUGGAGGGAAACAUGGCGGCCGUGAAGCGGAUCCUGGCAGAAGGUCGGGCUGACGUCAACUGUAGAGUGAAGGGGCUGAUGUGUCACUGGUGGACGGGGUCGGUGACAACACCCUUCACUUCGCCUGUAAUGGAGGAGAUGUGGAGACGUUUGACCACUUCUAUUGACAACACCCUUCACUUCGCCUGUAAUGGAGGAGAUGUGGAGACGGUGGAGUUUGUGCUGUCUCUGAACGUGGUGGACAUCAACAGUAGAGGAGUGUGGAGCUGGACACCGGUGAUGACGGCAGCAGAGCGGGGACACAGAGAAGUGGUGAAGCUCCUGGUGAGUGAAGGGGCUGAUGUGUCACUGGUGGACGUGGACGGUGACAACAUCCUUCACUACGCCUUUAUUAGAGGAGAUGUGGCGACAGUGAAGUUUGUGCUGUCUCUGAACGUGGUGGACAUCGACGCCAGGAACAACAUCGGUCUGACAGCGGCCGACAUGGCGAGACUCGGGGGACAUAAGGAAGUUGUGAAACUUUUGGAGCCAUGCUUUCACGUGAUGUAA